GAGGAGCCCCAUGCAGCAACCCCUGCUCGGCACCAAGACAUCCCCACACAGCACCCAGUAUCCCCGGCUCAGGGUCCAAAGUUCUCUGCUCGGCACCAAGACACCCCCACACAGCACCCAGUAUCCCCGGCUCAGGGUCCAAAGUUCUCUGCUCGGCACCAAGACACCCCCACACAGCUUGCAACACAAAAGAAGUUCACUUGUCCUCAUUGCAAGGUAAAGUUAAAUAAAAAAAACUUCAAAACACACUGCAAGAGAAAGCAUUCCCACCACUUUGCGACAGUUUCAAAGGACAGAUUUUUGGCCUGUCAGUGUGUUGAUGGUAAACAUGGUGUGUUUGUGGUUGAAAAAUCUUUUUGUGGUUCAUCAACACCCAUACAUGUCAUCAAAAAUACUUGGGGGCCAACACAGAAGAUCAUGUGUGAGGUUGACCAGUGUCGUCUGAACGCUGACUUUGCUCGAAGGAGUGGGAUGUUGCCUUUUGAGUGCCACCACAUACAAUCUCUUUUAUACUGCCCACACACUGAUAGUCAAACCAUGACACUAUCUCAUGAGGCCUUGGAAACAAUGGUGAAGAAUAAAUGGUUUGGUGAGGAGCGUAAAGCCCUCCUCUUACAUUGGCAACAAGAUGCUGAUGCAGAGUGUGUGCCUCUGUCAGUGCAGCUGACUGUGGGUGGUCCGCCAUCCAAAUUUCAUAUCUCUGUUUAUGAAAAAAAAAAAACGUAUUAUAGUAGGUUGGGAAGAGUGAUUGUGUCAUAUGACACAAAGCAAAACAGCUGGCAUUGUCCUUGCUCUAAACCGAGACAGUCUUGCAUCCACAAAGCUGUUGCUAAGUGGCAUCUGUUCGUCACAAAGAGGGAACUGUUUCUGAAGGUGAAAAGCACAGAGGCACAGAAACCCACUCCCACCCAGACCACAGCACAUCAAAAUGCAAGUGGGUCUGAAGAGGACAGUCCACCAGACAACAGACAAAUUGCAAGGAUGCUUAAUUACCUCCUCACCAACAAAAAGCUCCCUGCAGAUUUGCCCCAGACUCUCAUAAAGCAGUCAAGAGAUGGAAAAACAAACGACAGCUUUCCUAAGCACCUUGUCCCUAAAGAAACAAAGUGUGCAGAAUGUGAAAACACACUUUGUGAACAACUAAUAACAUCAACAGGCAAGAUCCUGACGAGCACAGGUGUAGUUGAAGGAAUAUCAACAUACAGGAAAUCAUGCCUGAACUGUGGCAUGAUUUACAGAUACCAGGAGUGGGAGGAGGGUAUCCAUAAUUUUGAUGAUCACAUUAUCCUGUCUCUGCACUUGUGCCUGAUGGUCAGGAAUGCACUUCAGACCCAUACAGCUAUCAGUAAAGUGAUAGAAAUAAUAGAAACAACAGAAAAGGUGUCCUUUCCAAACAAGGAAAGAGUUCUUCAGGCAUACCUUCAUUUUGAGGCCCUGACCAACCAUGACUACACCUACACCUGUGUGUCAUGUGGAUACAGCCCAGCGGUCGUUGUGAUGGAUCUUCACAAGAAAGGUGUUUUCAAUAUGCCAGUGAGUGAAAUCCCAAGUCCACCUGAUAAUUACAAUGGUCAUGUGGACAUAAACAACUUCUGGGACGCUGUGGCCACCGAAAUCAUCAGUCGUGGACUAAUUCCAUGUGGUCGGAAGAACCCUUUUGUUGUGCCCCCGAGUUACCAUCACUGGGCCCCCUGGAUUGGCCCACAAACCCGAAGGUCAAAUUCAGUGUUAAACACAGAAUUUGAAAAAAUGCAAAGCGGCAAAAUGCAAAAUGAUGGAGAGAAUGACAAUGAUGAUGAUGAGAAAAUUACUGAGGAGCGGCUCACAGAUGAACUUGUGAAUUUGAAGGUAGAGGAGGUCAGGGCACUGUGCAAACAGUGCGGUGUGGACCACAGAGGGUCCAAGGUGGAUCUUGUCAUCAGGCUGUCUGAGAAAAUGUCUAACAGAGUCACCUACAACAAGGUGUUUGAGAAGGUGUGGGGGGCCUCUGGUGGUUGGGCUGUCAUCACCUGUCCAUGUGGGGUUGUGUAUUCGGUGAAGUUCAACCUUAGAGCAGAGAGUCCACGUGACUUUGUGGAUCUCUUGCUGUCAUGGAAACACUUACCCAAUAUCUCAGUGUAUGAUUAUGCUAAGGGACUGGCAGUGCAUGCCAACCGCAGGCAGCCAGGAAUCUUUGAUCCUUUUCAAGGAAGGUUACUUGAUCCCUCCAUAGAGAACAUUAAGCAAGCCUCACAGGGCAAAGUUCAUGUCAGCAUGCCUUGGCUGAAACUUCCUAAGAUGCCAGCUGACAAAGAUGGUCACCCUCUCACUGGGUCCUCACAGCAUUUUGCUUUGAAUGAUGUGUUCCACCAGGGCAACAGCAAAGACCAAAGAGAGGUUUUGAGAAAGCUUGAGCUUGUGCCUGAGCUUACUGGUCUUAUCAACAGCCAGUGUGUGGAGCAGCUGUUCUCAGGGAUGAGAAAGAACAAUUACUUUUUGAACCUGACAACUCCAUCAACCCACAUAUUUCUACAAAGAAAUAUACUACAUCAUUACAAUGUCGCAAGAAACCAAAAAAUGAAAAAAGAAUACAGCAAGAUUCUUCCUCCAGAUGCUGCACUGCAGUAUGACAGCCAUGGAAGGGUAGUCAUAGCUGGAAUGACAGUGGGGUCAUCUGACAAAGAACAAGAAGAGUGUCAAGAGUUAGUAAAUGAUGGCAGUGAGCAGAAACCUCAUGGAGGCUUCAUCAGUCUCCAUACAUUGUCAGCAUAUAGAACAUGCUGGGGACAGAAACUCCAAGACAGCCAGGAACAACUGCUGUCUCAGGCCUUGGAUGAGACCAAAAGUUCCACUGAGCACCUUGCAAUGGUGAAUAACAUCAUCCUGACCCGCUUUGACUUUUGGAGUUUGGGUUUACAGCGGGACAUUGACGGAAUGAUCCUGAACUGUUGUCUCAAAGUGAUUGAGAAGAGAGUAGAGAAAGUGUUCGCUGCAGACAGUCAUGUCAUUUCCACUUGGUUCCCACCUUUAUCGAUAAACCCCAUGGAUCACUUACCGGACGAUGCUGUCAGUCUACAGUGGAUUCUUCUCCCCGUGUUCGUACCUGGACACUGGAUGCUCUGUAUACUGAGGCCACAGAUUAGGGAGAUUUUCUUUCUAGAUCCCCUCUGUGGCAGCGGCUGGAGAGAUGAGAGUAAAACCCGUCUAUUCAGACACAUUUCACAGAGCCUGUCCCCUGGCCCCUGGAGGGAGCUUGGUGUGAGUGAUGUUCAGGGCCUAACCAAGCAAGGGUGCUCCAACAACUGUGGCGUGUUUGUUUUGAUGUACGCACUCUACAUUGUAAUGGGGGCAAAUUGCGACUUCAAAGAAGAAAACAUGAUGCAGAUAAGGAGAUGGUGGUGCAUUAUUCUCCUGCAGAACUUCCCCAUGCCGUCUGAGGAAGACAGAUUGCAGGACAGAAAAAGACGGAGAGAGGAAACAAGAAAACAGGGUCUGGAGGUAGUACCCUCAAAAAAGCUCCACCUCUCAGAAUCUGUCUCUGAAGCAUCAGCGGAGGCAGAGACCUUGCCGGAGCUGGGAAAAUGGAACAGAGAGGAUUGUCUACUUAAGGACACCUUUGAGGCAGCAAGCUGGUGUGACAAGAGAUCCUUCAAGGGAGAACUUUCCCUUCCCCAGGUCAUCAGCAUGGACCAUGAAGCUGGUUUGAGGGCAGUGGAACUGCUAUACAUGUCUGAAGACCUGGAUGAAGAAGAGAUUCAUGAUCUCAGGGAGCCUUUUCUCUUCCUUUUUACUGUGCAGGCAGACUAUGAGGAGUUUUGUGUAGAGAUGAUGGAUAAACGCCAGCUGCAGGUGUUCUGUGGUUUUGAUCUGCAAUAAUUUUCUGUCCACAUAAUCUGAAGAGAUGUGUUAACAGGUCUGUCUCGUGUUAUGGUUUUGAUAAUUGUGUUCUGUUUCCUCAGUAAGUUGUUUUAAGGAGGUUUUCUUGUUUGGGUUCUUCUCAUGUCCUGUUUUUGGUUCUUUUGUUUGUAUGUGCUCCUGUGUUCACUUUUGUUUGUGUUAUUUUAUUUAUUCUUUUAAUCUUUUUUCUUGUGUUUUUGCUUGAUUUUACUUGUAUUGUUUUUAUAUAUAUUUUUAGUAUUCUUUGUGUUCUUAUGUCAGUCACUUUGUGACUGUUGUGUAAAGUGCUAUACAAAUAAAAUGUGCUAUGAAAUAUA